AUGGCGACAGCCUUGAAGAUCGCCGCGGAAGACGUGCCGAUCGGCCAACUUGUUUUCGCACGGAAUUUCUUCGGGCUCUUUCCGGUGCUGCUCAUGGUCGGAUUGCGGGGUGAACUCGGACUUGCGUUUCAAACCAAAAAUCCGAAAGGCCAUCUGACGCGGGCUGCCGUCGGCCUCACGGCCAUGGUCUGUUCGUUCACCGCGCUUUACCUGCUGCCACUGCCGGAUGCGACGGCGAUCGGUUUUGCAACGCCACUCUUCGUCGUGGUGCUGGCAUUCUUUCUGCUCGGAGAGCAGGUCAGGAUCUACCGCUGGAGCGCGGUCGGCGUCGGAUUUCUCGGCAUAUUGAUCGUCCUGUCGCCGCAUCUGGGUGAAGACGAACUGGACAGCGCGUCGACGUACGGGGCUCUGUUGGGCAUCAUGGCAGCCGGCUGUGCGGCGCUGGCGAUGAUUACGGUGCGUAAAUUGUGCGAGACGGAGAGGACGUCUACCAUCGUCACCUGGUUUGCAGCGUCUGCCACGGUCCUGUCCUUGGUGACACUACCACUCGGAUUUCUGCUGCCCGGUCAGGCGUGGAUCGUGCCCGACCUGAAAACAGCUGGUCUUCUGCUGCUGAUCGGCCUCGCCGGAGGCGUCGGACAGAUCCUGCUGACACAGAGCUACCGCUUUGCCGAUGCCUCGACGAUCGCGCCGUUUGAUUACGUCAACAUGCUCUGGGCGAUCAUUGUCGGCUGGGUGGUCUUCUCCGAAGUGCCGGUUCCGCAGGUGAUCGCCGGCGCCCUGAUCGUUAUCGCGGCGGGCGUCUUCGUCAUCUACCGAGAGCACAAACUCGGUCUCGACCGCACCAAAUCGCGGCGGGCCUCGACGCCGUCACGAUCCUGA